CCUUCCCUCUCUCUCUGCAAAAAAGGUCCGAUUUGCUAUCUCAUCAUUUUUCACCGUCCAAAAUGGCGCAAGUGGCUGAUAUCUGAGCAAAAGACCGAACAUAUCCAAUCUCCAAAUCAACUGCACCCCCCUCUUCUUUGCUCCCCCUGUUCCCUCCAAAAUCAAACCAAAUUCGUGAAAAGCACUCAUUUCUACUGGAAAAAUGCAAGCUCUCCCUUCCACAAGGACGUCCUCCGACCUUUCCUCUCUACCAGGACCAGCCUUUUUCAUACCCAGGACUCAACUCACUUUUCCAAAGAAACUGUUCUUCUGCCUCGCUAAGUUGGCUGAAUCGAGUAAACCAGGGUCGCACAACUUUGGAGUGACGCCUGCAAAUUCAUUACUUGCAGAUAAGGAAGAAGCCAAGGCUGUAUUAACAAUGUUUUUGAAGAAACGAGGUUUCAGUGAGGUCAUUGCAGCAAGAACUAUGCACAAAUCAGCACUUUUUGUUGAUCACCUUGUUUCAAGGCUUCAUUCUGUUCAUAAAACUCAGCAUCCAGGAGGGCGAGAACUUACAACUCGUGAGAUCAGGGAUGCUCUAUAUUCAUACCUUGAAACCCUCUAUGAGGAGUUUGGAGACAUUCUGGUAGAUGUAGUGGAAAAUUUUCCAAAUCCACCUACAGAGGAAAGAUCAAUAGAAAAUUUAUCAGUCUCAACAGUGGAAGGAGGACCGGUUUCAGCCCCUAUUACUACCCUCAACUCUCAGAAGUUAAAAGCCUUGGGUAGAUUGACUGACGAUGGUCCCACUGGGAAGCUUCCUCUAAUUAUCUACCUCACGGAACUUGGCAUGGAACAUGAGGUGAUCAAAGAAGUGAUAAGCAAGUUCCCUCCCUUUGCUGACUACAGCUUGGAUGAGAAAGUUAAGCCUGUGGUUGAAUUCCUACUUGAUCUUGGGGUACCCAAAUCCGAUAUCCCCUCCAUUCUCAGGAAAUGGCCUCAACUCUGUGGAGUCAGUCUCUCUGAAAAAGCUAUACACAGUGUGACGUUUUUAGAGAACUUAGGUGUGGACAAGAAACAAUGGGCAAAGGUAAUUUAUCGAUUUCCUCGGAUUCUCUCUUGUACCAGGCUGAAGUUGAAAUCAAACCUUGAUUGUCUUUAUGAAUUGGGUCUUUCUACUGAAAAGCAGGGUAAGGUUCUAAUGCGCUGCCCAAAUAUCCUAGGAUAUGGAGUGGAGAGGUUAAGGGCUACAGCUGAGUACUUCCAUUCUAUUGGCGUUGAUGUAGGAACUCUUCUCCACAAAUGUCCACACAUUUUCAGUCUGAGUAUUGAGGCCAAUUUGAAACCUGUGACAGAGUUUUUCUUGGAGAGGGGAUUCAGUAUAGAGGAGGUUGCAAUUAUGGUUUCAAGAUUUGGAAAUUUUUAUACCUUAAGCUUGUCAAAGAACAUUAUGCCCAAGUGGGAGUUCUUUUUGACAAUGGGCUACCCGAAAUCCGAUCUCGUUAGAUACCCUCAGUAUUUUGGGUGCAGUUUGGAGCUGAGGAUUAAACCUAGGUAUGCAAUAAUGAGGGAAAUUGGAGUAACAAUGUCUUUGGGUCGGUUAAUCUCUGUUUCGGAUGGCGACUUGUAUGAGAUUUUGAAACGAAAAAAGGAGAAACAUGUUGGAUGAAAUGGAUUACAGAGAUUGCAAGAUUUUUCUGUUCAUCCCGGGUGGUUCAUCUAGAGGUUUAUGAGGGAAAGCAGAGUAACAAUGACUCUGAAACGGUUUCUCCAUCUUUCGAAUGGUGAGUUGGGUAAGGUUUGCAGAUCAAAAACAAAACAAAAGAAGAAGUGGGAUAUGGUUUUGAAACUGAAAAUGAAGGAAAAUGUCGGAUGAAUCAGUUUCGAUUCCCAGCUUUGUCUGUUCAUCACAGGUGAUUCAAUCCCAGUUUUGUUAUAGCCUCUGGUCCAUAAUCCCAGUAAAGUUUAUGGUUAGGCUUUAUCGGUGAUGAAUUAUUUAGAGCCAGAAAUUAUCAGGCUCGGAACAUUUCGUUGUUGUUUGGUAUUAUUAUUGCAAGGACCAGAGUAGUUAAGUUAAAUGUCUGUUGUAUAAAUAAAUUUUGCACAGAUUGUUGAGGGAAACAUUCGACA